UCUUUCAAAUGUCACGUUGACAUUUGUUGGAUUUUUCUUAUCUUUCGAGCUCAGCUGUUUUCGGCAAACAUAAACUGUUUUUCUGCUGGAAUUAAACUGCUUUAGUUAUUAGAGUUUGCGUUAAUCCUUUUUGUCUAAACGGAUGAUGCGUCAUUUAGGUCUUCUCCAAAGACUGUCGCGCAGAGAGUUCAUCCGUCUAACUGGACAGAUCGUGAACAUGAGUACGAGAACAAGUAAAAUAGCCGUCUGCCAGAUGACUUCGGUUGCUGAUAAAGACACUAACAUGAAUAUUGUCAGUCAGCUAGUGAGGGAUGCUGCUAAGGAGAAGGUUCAGAUGAUUUUCUUCCCGGAGGCCUGUGACUACAUAAGUGACAAUAAGGAUGAUAUAGUCAGGAAUGCAGAUCCCAUACCUGAUGGGAAGACCAUAACUAACUACAGAGAGUUGGCUGUCAAACACAAUGUCUGGUUGUCUAUGGGUGGAAUACAUGAAAAGAAUGAAAGCGACCCCACAAAGAUGUUCAACACCCACGUCAUAAUAGACAACAAAGGACAAAUAGUACAAGCCUAUAGGAAACUCCAUCUCUUUGACGUUGAGAUACCGGAGAAGAAAGUGAGAUUGAAGGAGAGUGACUUCUCCCACGCCGGCGGCCAUAUUGUUUCUCCUGUUGACAGCCCUAUUGGAAAGAUCGGUAUGGCAAUCUGCUACGACCUGAGAUUCCCAGAGCUGAGUACGGCUUUGAGCAUACUUAGUGCCGAAAUACUGACUUACCCAUCAGCGUUCACGAAGGCUACCGGCGAAGCGCAUUGGCACACGUUACUCAAGGCCAGAGCAAUAGAAAAUCAAUGCUACGUGAUAGCUGCGGCACAGGUUGGCCAACACAACGCCAAGAGGCAGUCCUACGGACACGCCCUCUGCGUCGACCCCUGGGGCGAAGUCCUAGCCGACUGCGGGGACUCCGCCCCCUGCUUCAAAGUCGCCGAGAUAUCCAAGGACAGGCUGCUUGAUGUCAGGAGGAAUAUGCCAGUUUUCCACCAUAGAAGAAGAGACAUCUACUCUCUAAACCUUCUAAGUAUAAGAAAGUCCCCCCUUCCACUGCACAAAGGAGAAAAAGUCCAAACGGAGAGUCGAACCCAGUACUCUGAAUACAGCGGGCCGACCAACGUGUUCGGACAUGUGAAAGUACCAGAGAGUUGUGUGUUUUACAAGACAAAGUACAGUUACGCUUUUGUUAAUUUGAGGUGUGUAAUACCUGGUCAUGUGUUAGUGGCUCCUCUGAGGGUUGCUGAGAGGAACCAGGACCUCACGGUCGAGGAAGCUGCUGACUUCUUCAACGCAGUCAGAUUGGUGCAAAAGCUGAUGGAGCAAGUACACAACGCGCAAUCGUGUACGGUGACCAUACAGGAUGGCCCAGACGCUGGACAAACUAUUAAGCAUCUACACUGCCACAUUAUGCCUCGCAAGAAAGGAGAUUUUAUCGAAAACGAUCUCAUCUAUUUGGAGUUGGCAAAACAUGAUCAGUUCAAAUCCGGGCAUCCUUCAAAGCCGCCAAGAUCAAGGGAAGAAAUGGAGACAGAAGCCAAAACGCUAAGAGAGGAAAUGGAAAAGCUGUUGACCAAACAGAAAUCUGCGCAAAUGAAAUAAAUAUGCUUAGUCGAGAUAGAAAGAAAAAACAACAAAUGGGUGAAUCUCAAAAUUUCAAGUUUG